AUGAAGAAACAAACUCCUGAUCUCAGGGUGAUGACUCACAGAAAUAAAUCUGUGGAAGAAGACAGUGCUGACAAAAAUCAGAGAAGUUGCUCUGAAAAAGCUAACAGAGAAAAUGCCACUUGUAGUCAUGAAAGUACAGUUGUAAAACUGCCAGUAAUAGCAUCAUUUGCGGGUACCAGUAAAAAAAUUGUAAUGGUCAAGCACCCAGCACCACCUCAGAAGCCAAGUUACUGCAGGUCUAAUUUUCAUGUUAAUAGCUCCCCUACAUUAGAAAAGACAAAAGCUGUCGGUAAAGUAAAGGAUAGAGUGCGUAUGCUACAGAUGGAUCCCCAGAAUUUAAAAAGAGAUAAAACUGAAGAAAUAGAUACUGUGAUUAAAGAUAGUGAUGAAUUUAGCUCUACAGAUUCUAAUACAAGUAAAAACAUUUCAAGAAAGGGAAAAAUCACCAGGGAAAGCUGUAACAAGAGAAGCAGAGUGAUUUCAAAAGCAAAGCAACAAGAUUUAGAUGUUGAAUCGGGAAGAGUGCUGAGAAAAGGAAGCAAGCAGCCAAGUGUGAGGUCUGCUCGAGAACAGUUGGAAGAGGCAAGAGAUGUGACUAGACCAGACACUUCAAAAAUAUACGAGAAGAACUUCCAGCAGAGCAGACCUGAAGAGCCUACUUCCACACCAGCAUUGCCUGUGAAAGUGGUUGCAAGGUCUAUAGAUGAAAUAAUUGCUUCCCUGCAGUCUACUUCUCCAUCUCCCUUGGACCAGACGAUCAAAGAACUCCUGGAGGGUGUUCUUGGCCAGAAUUACAACAUAAAAAUGGAAGCACCAAUUGAACAUGAGGAAAUAAAAACUGAAUCUCAAGUCCUGCCAAGUUUUCACCAAGCAAGCCUGAAGACACCAGUUGUUCAGAAAGAAUCUCAAGCAGCAGAAAAUGAAUCUCGGCCUAAAGAUGAGUUGUUAACAUAUAAUAAGCAGGUGAAGCAGGCUCCAUCCUCGGAUGUGCUCCAGGUGGAAGGAAAAGCAAUAUCAAAAAUUAAACCAGAUGAAGUUCAGAAAGAGCUACAAGAGGAACACGACUUGCCACAAUCCUUGCCUCCUCAGGCUUCAAAUGUCAAAAUUUGUUAUGAAGGAGUUCCUAUUUCAGAGCAGUUCCAGAAUAAUCGGACAGAUGGGAUUCCCUUUCUUCCCCCUCAUACAUCAAAAAGUCUAACUGAAUGCCAAAAAGUAGCUGAAUAUUGUCUUAAAAAGCCACAGCUGCUCCUGUUAGGAGAGAAAGUUUCCAUUUAUCCAGAAGCUUUAAAAAUGUUUUGGGCUCCAGCUCCACCAAAAUUCUCUGCUCCAAUUUCUUCAUUACAGGAAAUUUUAUUUCCUACAUAUGAGAGCAAUGUGAUUGAGGAUGUUGUAUUUGAAGACUUUUUCACUGAUCAUGAAGAAGAGUUAGAAGCUGAGCAAGAUGGUCAUGAUUUCUAUGAUUAUGGACUGGUGUGUAUCACGACAAGUUUGAUUAAAAGAUCAGUCUCAGCUCUGGAGAUGACUGCUUUCAAAGAUGAAACUACGUUAAAUAUGUCAGCUAAUUUCAAAACCAGCAUGAAAGAGUUGAAGGUUAUGAAGCAACAGAUAGCUGAGCCAGAGGUUGAGACAGAGAUCGGGAAAAGCUCCCCUACCAAGCAUCUAUUGAAUCAAAUCUGUGAUGAUCCUCAGUCAAUGCAGACAGACAUACCAGUAGAAAAAAUGCGUACUUUGAGUGGACAAGAGGAUACUGAGAAUGACAUUGUUCUUGUGGAGCGACCUCAAAAGGCUGGGAUUAAACACACUGUUUUCCCAAGAAGAAAGAAAACAAAGAAAUCAAAGAAAAUAAUAAACCCUAGAAAAUUAGAAGCUGUGAUUAAGAAAUUAAGUCAACCCCCAAAGAUUCUUAAAAGGUCUGUGUCUCUGGAAAGGCUUCCUAUUAAUGAUAAAUUCAGUAUCAAGGUGUCUUCAGCAAUCAAACAAUAUCAGAGCCCCAGCAUCCCUUGUUUGUUAGAUUUUGAAAAGUUUGCAAAAGUGAGGGGUGGAAUUCCAAAAGAAACUUCUGCUCGCAUGUGGGCCAGUGGAAUAUGGAACUGCUGGUUUGAUGAAACUUUCCCUCCUAGAGGGACUGCUUCUGAGGAGAAGGAUACUGGAUUACUAAAAGGAACCGGAACGGUGGACUCUCAAGAAGCAAAUCUACAAAUAGAACUAGUUGACUCAAUACAGCCUGUUCUUCUUGAAGGUGCAACAGUUAGUAUUGAAGAUUUAGAAAAAGAAGUAAGACAACUGACUGAGCUAAUAGAAAAGGAAGAGCAUCCUUCAGCUUUUCACUACUGCAGGCGCGGAGCAAUACAAAGAAAGUUAGGCAAGUUAAAGUCAGCUAUGGAUGACUUGGAAAAAGCUAUAAGCUUAGAACCACUACUGCUUAAUGCUUACUGGCAUAGACAUUUGAUUUACCUCUUUCAAGACAGAAUUUCUGCUGCUUUGGAUGACCUGAAAUUUAUAACUAAAUGGAGCAAAAAUAAAGCAGAUACAUACCUGUCAAUGGCUGAAAUUUACAGGAAACAGGGUGAUAAUACAUUGGCAAUCAUCAAUUAUAGCUCUGCGAUACAGUGCAGCCCUACAGAUGAUGACAUUUAUUUUAGAAGAGCUGAGUUGUAUUUUGAGGAAAAUCAAUUGUUAUUGGCCAUGGAUGAUUAUGCCAAAUGUUUUCAGUAUAACCCAAAAAGGACGGAUGCACUUAUGAAACAUGGAAUACACUUCUUUGACUGUUCAGUUUUGACUGCAGCUAUUCAGGAUUUUACAGCUGUGAUCAAGGAAGACCCCAGCAAUGCUCAGGCGAGGUUGUAUCGAGGAAGAGCAUAUGCGAAGCAGCAGCAGUAUAGAAAUGCAAUACAAGACUUAGCAGCAGCGGUUCACCUAGACCCUUCUUGUUGGUUAGCAUUCUACUAUAGAGGUUGCAUGCUACGACAGAUUGAUCCAAAAAGAGCUGUGCAGGACUUAAGUGUUUCUGUACUCAUCAAUGACACUCAGGAAAAUUUCUGUUCUUUUCUUCAUCGUGGGAUUGUUUACUCAGAACAGUGUCAAUGGUCACUUGCAAUCUGUGACUUUGAAAGCGUCCUAGCUUUGGACAGCUCCGUCAUCUUUGCUUACCUAAAUAUUGGUUUGAUACUGCUGUUGCAUCUUGAUCAAUACUAUGAAGCUAUUCGACAAUUUACUAAUGCCAUUGAAAUUGAUCCUCUCAAUGUUCAAGCCUAUGUGUGCAGAGCGCAAGCAUAUCAUAAGAUUCAUAAUUUACCAAAUGCUGUGAAGGAUAUAAACAGAGCCAUUCAUCUUUAUCCAAAUAAAUCACAACUUUGCAUAUUAAGGGGACAGUAUUUAAUGGAGUUGAAGAAAUAUGAGCUGGCAAGUUUAUGUAUUCACCAACUUGCAGAAAUGGAUGAAGAAUCCUUUAUGGCUCAGCCUGUUCAGCAAGCGCUCAUUCAGUCAUUUUGUCAAAAUCACAAUAAGGCCAUAGAGUGCUUACGUGAAGCUACUGCAACUCAACCUGAGCCUUCAAUGUUUGUUAUUUUAGGAAAAAUACAAAUGAAAGCCAAGAAAACUAAGGCCCGUGAUGCUUUUAGUAUGGCUAUCAGACUACAUUCAAGUUACCCUGAUGCUUUUUAUCAGCGAGGGCUGUGUAGAAUGCAGCUCAGACAAGCUAAGUGCAUCCGAGAUUUCAAUCGAGCACUUGCCCUUUGUCCAUCACAUUUCCAGGCAUAUAUGAGUCGUGCUGCUUACUACAGAAGUAAAGGUAGAUACUCUAAGGCAAUUCUGAAUUGCAAUGAGGCGAUCAAAAUUCUUCCUAACAGUGAGCGAGCUUAUUUUUACCGAGGAACUUUAAAGUAUCAAAAUAAGACAUUUAGAGCUGCAAUUGAAGAUCUCUCAAAAAGUAUUGACCUCAACAAAACCUGCAUUUUGGCAUAUUAUAACAGAGCCAUCUGUUAUCAUCAAAUAAAGGACUUCAGAAAGGCUUUGAAAGAUUAUGGAAUUCUUCUUCUGCUUGAAUUGAGUAAGGAAAUAGGUUUUAAAGUGUUAAUUAAUCGUGGACUGCUCUACAUGGAACUUGGCGAUUAUGCUAAUGCAUGUGAGGACUUUAAAGAAGCAACGUUGCUUAGUCCAGAUGAUAGCCAGAUCUUUCAAGCUAUUGGAAUCUGCUAUCAUAGACUUAAUGAGUUUGAAGAAGCUGUAAGAUCAUUUGACCAGGUUCUCAAACUAGAUCCUGUUUCUGUGGAUGCCUACGUUGGACGAGGAAAUUCGUACAUGGAAAACGGACAUGAGGCUGGUUGUAAACAAGCACAGAAAGAUUUCUUGAGAGCAGUUCACCUGAAUCCAAAGUGUAUAAAAGCCAGAAUUUGCUUAGGAUACAACUUGCAGGCCCUUGGAAAGCUUCAGAGAGCAUGGAACCAAUUUACAGUUGCCAUUUGCAUUGAUCCAAAAUGCCAUGCUGCAUAUGAUGGACGAGCUUCAGUCUGUCUUCAGAUGGGUGAAACUUUUGCUGCAUUUCAAGAUAUAAAUGCCGCACUAAAGCUCACUACCACUGCUCCGCUGCUAACAAAUCGGGGUGUCAUCAAUCAGUUAAUGGGAUAUCUACCCUGUGCCAUGAAAGACUAUCAACAAGCAAUUUCUGUUGACCCAAACUAUGCAUUAGCCUAUUUCAAUGCAGCAAAUAUCUACUUCCACAAUCGACAGUUUUCACAGGCCUAUUGCUAUUAUUCCAAGGUAUUACAACUUGACCCAAGAAAUGAAUCUGCUGUUAUGAAUCGUGCUAUCACAAAUACAUUACUAAACAAUAUCGAAGAAGCAAAAGAAGACUUUGAGAAGGCAAUUUGUCUCUGCCCAUUCUCUGCAGCAGUGUAUUUUAACAGGGCAAAUUUCUAUAACGGAUUGAAGCAAUAUGAACUAGCUGAAAAAGACAUUUCAACAGCAUUGUCAAUUCAGCCUAACGAUGCCUUGAUGUAUAAAUUUAGAGCUGAUAUUCGUGGUAAAUUGGGUUUCAAUAAAGAGGCUGUAGAAGACUACAAACAAGCAAUCAGCAUUCAAGAACAGAUUGAUUCCAUGUGA